AUGUUCCAGCCUCAACCAACGCCUUUUGCGUUUCACGCCUCGGCACACAACCCAUACUCUCACCCUCAUCCCCACGGUCAUGGUCAAACGUACAUGCAAAGCCAGAGCGGCUCGCCGCAGGAUCACCGGCCUCAGAACAGCGGAGGCUAUAGCAUCAGCACAGGGGCAGCAGGGUUAGGAGAAAUGAUGAUGAGGAACGAAGAAGGCGGAGGAGGAGCAAGAGGAAGAGGGGUAGGAAGAGUGGAGAUGAGGAUGAGGAUGGGUAUGGCGGGCGAUGGUGUCGGAGGAGGUGCAUCUCACGACGCCGGCAUUGAUACAGGAAUGGCGGGCUCACAUUACGGCUACUUGUCGUCAGCGAGAGAAGAGAGGGGAUCAGGAAGCGGCCCUAUUUCUGGCUCUGGCUCUGAUUCUGAUGCUAUUUCUCGUUCUGGUGGUCGAGGCCAUGGACAUGGUCUAGGUCGAGGUCAUGGCCAAGCUGGAGCUGUUGGAGCUGGCAUGGGAGCUGGAGCUGGAGCUGGAGUGGGUUCAUCGUCGGGUGCAUCGUCGGUGGGACUGGACAGCAUGGGUAACCCCCUGGUGAUGGGCGGCGGUGGUGGUGGUGAUGGUGGUGAUGGUGGCGGCGGCGGCAGGCUAGGGCUGGGGAUGGGGAUGGGCAUGGGACAGAUGGGCAUGGGCAUGGGCAACUUGAACGGCAUGGGUAUGGGCCUGGGCCACAGUGGGCUGUCCCUGUCGGCGCAGUCGCAGCCGCGCCCCGGCGCUGCUUCUGCUCCUGCCUCAUCCUCCUCCGCGUCUUCUUCCUCCUGCUCCUCCUCCUCCUCCCGCUCCCUCUCCCGCUCCUCCCACCCCCAUUCCCACUCCCACUCCCAUUCGUCCUACGGAUACUCCCACGCCAACCUUUACUCCAACCACAACCUCCUCCACGGACACCUCCAGAAGCAACAACACCCUCCUCCUCCUCAUCCUCACCCCGGCGCCUCUUCUUCGACAACAUCCUCUUCUUCUACCUUUUACACCACCAACUCCAACGCCAACCCAGGCUUCACAAGCACCGCCGCCGCCCUCGCUCCUGAUCACGCCCACGCUCCAGCCCACGCCGUGAGCAGCACUCGUCGUCCUUGCGCCAUGGAACCCGGCGACCCCUCCGACGUUGCCGCCCAAGAAGCCGCCGCUCGGGAUUAUCAGCCACAGCUCGAGGGUUUAUUGGUGGGCGACAAGAUUACCAGCGACGCCAUAACCGACGAGUACGCCAAGGCUGACGAAAUCUAUAUCGCAAAGACCAUCAACCUUCCCCAGACAUAUUCUCACUAUCGCCCUGUUCAAGGUGACGGAAAUUGCGGCUGGCGAGCAAUCGGCUUCUCCUACUUUGAGCAUCUCAUCAACAAUGGCGACCAGCAUCAGAUCCUCGGCGAGGCCGCGCGCAUCACGAGCUUAAAUCAGUAUCUCCUCAACGUUGGCGGCUACGAUCGGAUGUUGUUUGAGGACAUGGUGGAAGAGACGAUUGGCUUGUUAAAAGAUGUCGCCCAGAAUAUUGCCAACCCACAGCUAGCCAUGGACAUCAUGGUCCAGCGCUUCAACGACCAGGGCUCCUCCAACGCCAUCAUCUACCACCUUCGCUUGUUGGCGCUCUCAUGGCUCAAGGGAAAUGUUGAGCUCUACGAACCCUUCAUUCCCGCCGAGACGGGUAUCAUCGGCUAUUGCGCCGAAAUCGAACGCCCAAACAGAGAGAUUGACCAUCUCGGCAUCAUUCUGCUCGUUCAGGUGCUGCUAAAACCCAUCAACUUCGUGCUGGAGAUUGCGUAUCUGGAUCGUAGCCCAGGAAACCAAGUCAACAUUUACCGCUUUCCGGACGAGGCCAAUGGUCAAGACCCUGCCACUCUGGGCCCCAUCAUCUACUUGCUCUACCGGCCCGAUCACUACGACAUUCUAUACAAGUCGCCUCCGAAUCCGCCACCCUUGAAUCUUCAGGUUCACCGCGUUGGUUCCUUUUCUCAUUCUCAAGAGAUUGCGAGCGUGGGUCCUCCUUUGCACAGCUAUUCUCUCGACUACGGCCCCCUGGCCAUGCUGCCCGGAUUCGGGGGCCCGCCCUCGGGCUUGUCUUCCGCUCUGUCUUCGCUCGGCUCGCCCACAUCCACAUCUCCGCUUCCAGACGCCUAUGACCCUUCACCUCAAUCUCCUUGGCUCGCGACGCCGUACUCUGAUCAUCACAUUCAGCAGCAGCAGCAGCAGCAGCAGACGGCACCAGCCCCUCGACCGCAGCCUCAAACGCCAGCUCGACCACAACAAUCGACGCCUGCCCCUACGAAGCCGUCGCAACCGGUUGACUACCAGCUCAGAUUUAGUCACCAGUGCUGGCAUCUCAACAACACCAGCUCGGCGCAACCGUCAGUGAUACCCGGCCAAGCCGGCUUCCAUGAACCCAGCUUUACUACCGCAAUGUUCAAGAACAGCCAUUUCAACAAGGCACACUAUAAUAAUCCUCACUUUCAUCCCGAGGAGUGGACUCCGGACGAUGAUGGCCACCACGAGCGGCUGCCGGCGCCCAAGAAGAAGGGAAGGGUCAGGUCGGAUCACUAG